AGUGAGUGAGUGAGCGAGUUUUAUGGAGUGUGUGUGUGUGUGUGUGUGUGUGUGUGUGUGUGUGUGUGUGUGUGUGUGUGUGUGUGUGUGUGUGUGUGUGUGUGUGUGUGUGUGUGUGUGUGUGUGUUUGUGUGUAUGUGAAAAUGAUCGGCUGACAGUGAUGGUUCAGAAUGAAAGCAGAUGAUUGGUCAGGAUUAAAACAUGUGACGUGGUUCCUCCAGCUGAUAAAGCCGGGCUGAAGCCUGAGAGCUGAAGGAGUGGAGCCGUCCAGAGAGGAACCAUGGAGCCCGUCCUUGAGCUGGACCAUGGACCCCCUGAGGAACCUGAGGACACGUCUCUGGACAGGAGGCGGACCAGGAAGGGGAGAUCUGUUCUAAAGCUGUACAUCUGUGUCGCUCUGCUGUGUUUUCUACAAGCCACUCUCAACAUCUCCCUGCGCCUCUACUCGGAGACAUCUUGGACGAAGGGGAGAGGGCACCUGAUGCAUUCACUUGCUGGUGUGACACGACGGGGCUGGCUAUAUUUCGACCAGAGUCUCUACUUUAUUUCUACAACCAAGAAGAACUGGAAGGCCAGCAGAGACUUCUGUCUGAACAAAGAUGCAGACCUGCUAGUUAUCAACAGCAAAGAAGAAGAGGGGUUUGUUGCAAAAUUGGAGAGAGGUUCCUGGAUUGGACUUCAGAUUGGCCGAGAAACAAAGGGGAUCUACAAGUGGGUGGAUGGUACCAACUUGACUUCAAGUACCUGGCAUGUACCAAUCUUUCCGUAUGGCUAUGAUGCCUGUGCAGUAACAGCUGACCAAUUGGUGAUGGGUCCAUGUGCCUCUCAAAACAACUGGAUCUGUGAGAAGGUCAACGUCCUGGAACAUCUGGAAGCUGAACUGAACAAAGACGGGAUCCCCAAGGAGAAGGAGGAGGAGGAAGAGGAGGAGGAGGAGGAGGAGGAGAAGGAGGUACCCGCUAUCACAUCAUUAGAGGAUACUUAUUUUGUGCUCGUGGGCGAAAUAAUAUCCUUCUCCUGCCGUGCCAGUGGCCAGCCAAAACCCUCCAUCGAGUGGCUAUACAACGGCCAACCCAUGAAGAGGGACAGGACAGACAACAAAUCAGAGCCUUUAGCCUUUGUGAAUGGGGAGGACCUCAGCGUUAGAAGUGUGAGGCCUGGUGUGGACACGAUCAGCUGCUUGGCGAACAACAGCGCUGGCACAGCCAAUAAGACUUCCCCGCUGUUUGUCAUUGCAUUGACACCAGAGGGCUGGGGUAUUAUCAACCAGAGUCUCUACUUUGUUUCAAUGACUAAGAGGAACUGGACGGCCAGUAGAGACGACUGCCUGCAAAGAAACGCAGACCUGGUGGUUAUCAACAGCAAAGUAGAAGAGGAGUUGGCUACCAAAUGGUGGCUCGGAACCUGGAUUGGACUGAGACUGGACCGAGACACAGAGGGGACCUGGAAGUGGGUGGAUGGUACCAACGUGACUUCAAGUUCCUGGCUGUCCGGUGAACCAAACCAUCCAACUAUCACAGAAGCCUGUGCAGUAGUUGGCAACAGCCAGUUGAUUCCUACACCCUGUGCCUCUCAAAAUGAAUGGAUCUGUGAGAAGACGGUGUAGUAGCUUGGGACAGAGGCUGGUAUGGAUUGUGUGCCGAGCUUUACUUCCGGAUCUGUGAGAAGGUUGCAGUCCUUGAACAUCUGGAUGCCGUCCUGAACAAAGAGCCUCUGUAGGCUUUGUUUGUAUUGGUCGGUUGAGACAUUGAUCCUUUCUAUUCUCUCUACAUUAUACGAUACUACUUAUAUUUGAGGUAGGCCAACACGUCUCUGUUGAGCUUAAGCAUCGCCAACUCUCAUUACAGAUUUGAAUUUUGUUGCAUCCAAAACUUUCGCUUGAACAUAAUCAAGGCUAUAUUUCCUCUGUACUGUACUUACUGUACUUUAACCUGUCAGAACAAUAAAGUACCAUCUGAU